AUUGGACCGUGGGUUUGUUGUGGGGAUGCGUCACAUCCUCCUUGACUGUGCACUUCCCUGUGAAGGGAAAGCUCCUGUACUGUCGUAGAUAGCUUUCGUGAAAGAAUUUUUAUAGUAUUUGAAACUGUAUACAAAUAACAAGACAUCAUGUUUUCUUUUAACAUGUUUGAUCACCCGAUCCCGCGGGCCUUCCACAACCGCUUCUCCACUCAGUACCGCUGUUACUCUGUGUCAAUGCUGGCCGGACCCAACGACCGAUCAGACGUCGAGAAAGGCGGAAAAAUUAUCAUGCCCCCAUCUGCACUGGACCAGCUAAGCAGACUUAAUAUCACAUACCCUAUGUUGUUCAAACUGACCAAUAAGAACUCGGACAGAAUGACACACUGUGGUGUUUUGGAGUUUGUUGCUGAUGAAGGGAUCUGUUACCUGCCUCACUGGAUGAUGCAGAACCUCUUAUUGGAAGAAGGAGGUCUGGUCCAGGUUGAAAGUGUCAAUCUCAUGGUGGCAACAUACUCUAAAUUUCAGCCUCAGAGUCCAGACUUCUUGGACAUCACAAACCCCAAAGCUGUACUAGAAAAUGCUUUGAGAAACUUUGCCUGCUUGACUACCGGUGAUGUCAUUGCCAUCAACUAUAAUGAAAAGAUCUAUGAGCUGCGUGUCAUGGAGACCAAACCGGACAAAGCAGUGUCCAUUAUUGAAUGUGAUAUGAACGUUGACUUUGAUGCUCCACUUGGUUAUAAAGAGCCGGAGAGACCCACACAGCAUCACGAGGAACCAGCAGAUGAAGAGACAGACCCCAGUAAUUAUGAGAUGGAUAUUGGAUUCAGAGCUUUCACAGGCUCUGGGAAUCGCCUUGAUGGAAAGAAGAAAGGCAUUGAGCCAAGUCCUUCUCCCAUCGUUCCAGGUGACAUCAAGCGGGGUAUUCCGAACUAUGACUUCAAGGUUGGGAAGAUCACUUUCAUCAGAAACUCCAGACCACAGCCUCGGAAAACAGAGGAGGAUGACUCUUCCAGUAGCUUCAUUGCAUUCUCAGGAGAAGGCCAGUCCUUGCGCAAGAAGGGCAGGAAACCAUGAUUAAACCACAAGUCGACCAGAAACAAAUAAUAAAAGCAUCUACAAACUACUCUUAAUGUAUUCUGUUUUUAGAAUUAAAGGGCAAAUGUCAGAUAUCCUCAAGGAAAAGCAUUUACUGAUGAUCCAUGAUUUUGCCACAGGAUGUGAAGCAUCAUUACACCAGUUACAGGUGUAAAUCCUAUGACCAGACAUUAUUUUUUAAUUAAUUUAUAUAUGCAAAGUUAACAUCAUUUGAAUAAAGAAGACCCAAUGAGGCUGCUUUUGA